AGCAUAUGAAUUAAAUGAAAACUUUGUUUACUCUUUUGAGUAUUCUCUUAAAAUAGUGUGAUGCUAUUUUAGCCAAAUUCCUAAUUCUAUAUCUUAAGAGUGGUUCUCUUGAGUGUGAGUUUUAGGUUCUAGUUAUUUGAUUGAGUGUGUAAUAUCUUGAUGAAAUACUAGAGUUCAACCCCAAGUUAAUCUAGAGCACGCCAUGGUAACAGCCCCUGUUCUUCAAUUGCCAGAUUUUAACCUCACUUUUUAUGUUGAGACAGAUGCCUCCGAUGCCGGUAUUGGUGCUGUCCUUUUGCAACGGGGUCAUCCGUUGGCAUUUUUCAGUAAGAAACUCGGCCCUAGACGGCGCGCCGCGUCUACAUAUCACAAGGAACUCUAUGCCAUCGUCGAAUCCGUACAAAAAUGGAGACAAUACCUCUUGGGACGCGAGUUCGUGAUCCGUAGUGACCAACGUAGUUUGAAGGAUCUCCAUGGGCAGGUUAUACAAACCCCAGAACAGCAGUUCUACAUUCGCAAAUUAAUGGGGUUCAAAUUCCGAAUCGAAUACAAGACGGGCGCUUCCAACAAGGUGGCCGACGCUCUCUCUCGUCGUGACUCCGUGCCGGACGCGGGGAUAGAGGAUACUGUACAGCUUUUCUUGGCUUAUGCACAACCCAUGCCAUUACUUUUACAGGAUAUCCGCAGGGACAAUGAUACUUUGGAGGAUUGCCAGACCCUACACAAGGCAGUACAUCAGGCCAACGCCCCUCCCCACAUCACUCUCCAUAAUGGCCUGUUAUAUUACAAACACCGGCUAUACAUCAGUCCGGAGUCUCCACUGCGUCAAAAACUACUCCACGAGUUCCAUAGCACUCCCCUGGCGGGUCACCAAGGGGUUGACCGGACUUUUAAACGGCUGGCUGACGUCUUUUAUUGGUGCGGCAUGCGUCGUGACACGGAUGGCCAAACAGAGGUCAUGAACCGUGGACUUGAACAGUACCUCCGAGCAUUCACCUUUGAACGGCCAAAGAAGUGGGCUACUUUCAUUCCUUGGGCAGAACUGGCUCUCAAUUGUGGCCACCACGAGGGCCUCAACAUGUCACCAUACCAGGCCCUUUACGGCCAUCCCCCUCCUCACCUCUUUCCCACCUUGGCCGUGCGUGCCCGCGACCCCACCAUUGAAGAAAUGCUCCGAGAACGGGCAGAGGUUCUCACUGAUAUACGGCAUAACCUCACCAAAAUGCAGCAGCACAUGCGCGAGAGGGCUAACCGUCAUCGUCGUGACCUUACUUUUCAGGUGGGCAACCGCGUUCUCCUUAAGUUGCAGCAGUAUCGGCAUCACUCCUUAGCACGCCCUCAAUCGUCCAAGCUUGCACGCCGAUACUAUGGGCCUUUCGAGGUGAUUGAGCGUAUAGGCCCUGUGGCGUAUCGUCUCCAGCUUCCCGAAGGGUGCAAAAUCCAUAAUGUAUUUCAUGUGUCAUUAUUGCGCCCUUUUGUUUUGGGAGGUCAGCCGCUGCCCAAGCCCACACUGCCGACGAAUGUCUACAGAGGAAAGGAGGUGGCUAUACCCAUUUCGGCAGGUCCUAGCCGCACAGUGCUCGUCGACGGCAUUCCGCAAGAACAAUGGCUCAUACGAUGGUCAGAUGAUGGGGGUGCCGCUGCCACCUGGGAGCCCAUGGAAAAUAUUCGGAAGCAUUUUCCUCAUCUCGACCUUGAGGACAAGGCCGCUUUCAACCCCGGGGGAGUUGAUACGGUCGUAGUACGGGGCGAGGACACACUUGAUACGGCCCAUGUGGAAGACAGCCCAACAAACGAGGCCCAUGCAGUGUGUGACGACCCACUACGUGGGGAUGAGCCAACAGAUGAAGAUCGAGAGGAUUCAAGGCUGCUUGGGCGUCCACGAAGACAGGCGCGACGACCAAAACGUUACGACGAUUAUGUUUACCACCAAAGUAUAUCUCACACCAUCCAAAAUAUGUCCCAUGAAGAUCUAGCUGCUGAUCAAAAGAAACUAAAGAAAGAGCUUGAUCUUUUGAUGAAGAAGAUUGGAGAGUUCAAAAAUUCUGUGGAUAUCCCCACGUUUGAAGGAAGGAAUGACCCGGAGAAGUUCUUAAAAGUGUUAGCUAAGGUUGAACACGUCUUUACACUCAAAGACAUACCCGAAGACAAGAAGGCCAAGCUAGUUGUGGCGAAGUUUCAAAAACAUGCCUCCACUUGGUGGGCUAGCGUUGCUGCAAAACGAAGGCUCCAAGGAAAAGCUAAGCCCGGAGACCUAGUGUGGGUCCAUGUGCAAAGAGAGCAUAUCUCUAACAAACGCAAGGCAAAGCUUCAACCCCGAGACGAUGGUCCAUUUAAAGUGGUAGCCAAGGUCAAAAACAGUGCCUACGCGGUUGCUCUCAAUAGAAGUGAUGGAGUUUCUGCCACGUUCAAUAAGAGAGACCUUAGUCCAUAUGACGGCCCCUUUUCAAAGGAUAGAAGUCAUAAAGUUGAAUAGUGAAAAUUUGUCCUUUUGUUGACUUAUUUCACAUCCUUGCACCCAUGAUCUUUCCUUGUCAUUUCUUACCAUAUAGGGCCAAAAUUCCUUACACAAAAAUCAGGGAAAAUCUCCUCUUAAACCCCACAAUUCCCCACCCUUGACCUUAGAUACUAAAGGCCGAAUCCAUCACACACAACAAGCCAAGGGACAUUUCCAUCACAGCCACUUAGUGUUCCCUGUUGUUUUCUUCACACAUGGCCGAAUUUCCUCCUUAAAAACAGGCCAAGAAACAUCUCAAAAUAUC